UCGGUGGCGUUCGCAUCGUCGUCGCUCGGUCCCUCCAGAUAAAGAACUUACCGCCUGCCGAUCCGAACCGUUCUGAACCAUUCGAACUGAACGCUGACCGCGAAUUUGUUGACUUUCCGUGCAGUCGUGCCAGUUGCGUUUUGCGUUCCGUGCGCUGCGGCUGCGUUUCCAGCUGAAUUCAAGUUAUUUAUUUUAAAAUCGAACGUUUUUACUAUACUGAUUUGUCGUAAAAUUCUUAAACUACUAUUAACAGACAAAUAAUUGCCAAACUUAACUAAGCCCAUAUAUGUAACUUUUGAAAUAAACAACCAAACAUCAAAAUGUAAUUGCAACCAGGAUCGUGCACCUCAACACCUAGAGAUUUAUCCCGUGAUAAUGCAUUAACUACAGGCAAAUAUUGCGAAACAGCUGUUGAAUAAUUUGCAUAAAUCAACGUUGGAGUAACACUUUCGGCUCUAGUUCUGCAGAGCUGCUCGCCAGUAAUUAAUUAUUGAUGCAUCUGCUGCGGAGGCUCCGCCCGGCUGUCCUUGGCAGCAGAGCCAGUUGCAACGGAGAGUGACGGCCAGCAAUCACAAUAGACGGCAGCGGCAGCGACAGCGGCAGCAACUGUUGCAACAAUGGCCAGUGGCAACAACGAAACUGCGCCGCUCUACUGCGGCAGCGGCAUGGAUAAUUUCCACACAAGCUACAAAAACAUGCAUGGCUACGUCUCGCUGGUGGUCUGCAUCCUGGGCACCAUCGCGAACACCCUCAACAUCAUUGUGCUGACGCGAAGGGAGAUGCGCUCCCCCACGAACGCCAUCCUCACGGGUCUGGCGGUGGCCGAUCUGGCGGUGAUGCUGGAGUACAUCCCGUACACCAUCCACGACUAUAUCCUCACCGAUAGCUUGCCCCAGGAGGAGAAGCUCAGCUACAGCUGGGCGUGCUUCAUCAAGUUCCACUCGAUUUUCGCCCAGGUCCUGCACACCAUUUCGAUUUGGCUGACUGUGACUCUGGCAGUUUGGCGCUAUAUAGCGGUGGGCUAUCCGCAGAAGAAUCGCGUCUGGUGCGGAAUGAGAACCACUAUAAUAACGAUAACCACGGCUUACGUGGUGUGUGUCCUGGUGGUGUCCCCUUCGCUCUACCUGAUCACUGCGAUUGCCGAGUCUGUGGACCAGCUGGACGCCAAUGGCAAGGUGAUAAACUCCAUCCCGAUGACCCAGUAUGUAAUUGACUACCGAAACGAGGUGAUGGGUGCCAGGGCGGCCGCCCUGAAUGCCACGCCUCCCACCAUGGCGCCGAACGAAACCCUGUGGUUGAACGUAAGUUCGUUGAUUACUUCCACAACCACCACCACCACGCCAGCACCACCCACUCCGUCGCCGGUGGUGCGAAAUGUCACGGUCUAUCGCCUGUACCACAGCGACUUGGCGCUGCACAACGCCUCACUGCAGAACGCCACGUUCCUCAUCUACAGCGUGGUGAUCAAGCUGAUACCCUGCAUCGCCCUGACCAUCCUCUCGGUCCGCCUCAUCCUGGCUCUCCUGGAGGCCAAGCGGCGGCGGAAGAAGCUCACCAGCAAGCCCUCGGCUCCGGCUGCCAGCAAUGGCACCAAGUCGGCGGUCAACGGAAAGGCCGCCGACCGACCCAGGAAGAACAGCAAGACCCUGGAGAAGGAGAAGCAGACGGACCGCACCACCAGGAUGCUGCUGGCCGUCCUGCUGCUCUUCCUGAUCACCGAGUUCCCGCAGGGCAUCAUGGGUCUGCUGAACGCCCUGCUCGGAGACGCCUUCUUUCUGCAGUGCUACCUAAGACUGAGCGACCUAAUGGACAUUUUGGCCCUGAUCAACUCCAGCAUCAACUUCAUUCUGUACUGCUCGAUGAGCAAGCAAUUCCGGACCACGUUCACGCUGCUGUUUCGUCCCAAAUUCCUCGACAAGUGGCUGCCGGUGGCGCAGGACGAAAUGGCGGCUGCUCGAGCGGAGCGCUCGGCGGUGGCGCCUGUCCUGGAAAAAGGACGCCAGCAGCCGCAGGUGGUGAUGGCGACCACGACCACCAACAUCACGCAGGUGACGAACCUGUAGCACAGGAGGAGCCGAGGUCGCCGCAAUCUGCUCAGCCGGCUGCUGAGUGUCCUGAAACGGCGGCGGAGGGAGUCCUCCGGAGGAAGGGGUCGCCGGACGGGCGGGGCGGGGAGCGGGAACGGAGCUGUGGAGCCGGAGGCGGACCCCCUGGCCCUGCAGUUCCAGGCCAUCGUCGUGGUCGUGGACAAGGUGAGCGGGGCCACGGACCACCAGCUUUACUCCGCCGAGCAGGCUCGAAUUGUGACGUAGUUUAAUGUGUAUCAUGCCUAGAUGUCCUUGUAAAAAGUAAUAUAGUUGUGUAAUAACCCAGCUAAGCACGAGAUACUUGCGUACUUUGGUGGCGAAUCGUAAAACCGAAUAGUAAUAAUAAUAAAACGCUGGCUCAUCACUCAUACGCUCGAUUGAACUUUGCUCUAUUCCCUCUUCACACUCAAGUGGAAGUUGUAAAAAUGCUGUGCAUAAAUUCACACAUACAGCUGUGAUCAAAACGGUAGUAAAAGUAUUCUAUAUUGGUUAUGCUAAAUUCAGGUUCAUUUUAUUAUUUGAAAACGUUUAACGUGUACAAGAUUUAAUUUUUAUUUCAAAGAGAAACAAGGGAAUGAAUGUUGCAAGCGAGUUCGUAAAUUCAUUUUAAAUUCUUUGGUACAUUAUUUUCUUAGGCAGAGCUUUAUUUAUUUUAUUUCGCUAGUACAGCCCCGCUUUUAUUAUCUUGAACACAGCUGUGCAGAUUUUCCGCAUAAAUCAAAUCAAAAAUCGUAGCUCUUGCAUCUUUUCCAUUUUGAUCCCAUGUAUUUUCAAGUUGAUUCACCCGCAUAAAGUAUGCAGUAGACGUGCUGACUCAAAACUACGAAUUUUUGGCAACGACUUAAGCAGAAUAUUUCAAGAUGUUGUACAUAAUAUUUAUACAAAUUGAUGUCCGUAUGUUAAAUAAUUGCAACUAGAUGUAAUUGAAAAUUUAAUGUCUCAAAAUAAUUUGUAAAGCCUUAGCCCAGUUUUUAUGCAACCAUUGGACAAGCAAGUGGAAGUUGCAGUGAAGUGCGAUAGUUAAAUAAAUCGGAUUUUGGGCUGUGAAUGAAAUUAUAAUUUUUCUUGAACUCAUUUGGAAAUGCACACACUUUUCAGGAGUUUACUGAGUUAAUUGAAAAUAAUUUAAGAGCAGUCACUGCAGCUGACCGAAUAAUCCAAUGCAACAAUGCAUAAAUGUUUACCAGUUUUUCCCUCUUGGGAAAACUGCACAUCGAAAUCGAAAUCGCUUAAGCCCCUCGAAAAAUGACAAAUGGACAGCGAACGCAUAAAUUAUGAUGAUUGAAGUAUUUGCAAUUGAGCCCCGACAAAUAUUUUCAAUCUCGUUAAUAAUUAACACAUACAUCAAGAACACAAGCCUACAAAUAAGUAAAUGUGAAUACACAAUGAAAAUGUAUAACUUUGUUGCUUUUACAACGAUUCAAUUAACUACUAAAUUGAAAGAAAUUACUUCAAGCCUAUACGUUUAAAUAUAUUAUAAAGUUGCCACUUCGCCUACUGAAAGUAAGCAUAAAUACUAGUUUAAUUGUUGUUUGUUAUACCUAUUUAAAUAUACGGAUAAGUGUGAUUUAAACUACUUAAUUGAACAACUGCGAGCCACAAAAAGGUUUAUUAGAGCGUAAUUAAGUUUUUAUAUAGCUAAAAAAAAGGUUAAUAAGCUCACUGAUUGGUAUUUAAAUUUAAGCAAAGG